AUGGCGUGAUGCGGUCCGUUGAAUGUGUCGUAGAAUGUUUUAGCGUCAUAUUUUUUGCCCUGAGUUAGAUGUUUUCGCCGCUAGCUCGAGGGAAAGCUAGUUGGGAUGGCGAUCUACAAUGUGAAACGUACUCGGAUCAAACGUCCCCUAUAGAGCCACUCCUACCUCAUUUGAUAAAUCAUUCAUCAUCUCGAAACAAAUCAGCAAGAUCAAGUGGCAGCCUCUUGUUGGAAGAUGGACAACUUGCUCUCCCAAAGACAUUUGUCACUCGUAAAGGUGCAAUUCUUCUUUUCACCCCAAGUGAUGAGGUUUGUAACCAUAGUAAUGAAGAGAGCCACUUCAAGAAAGAAAAUGUUUUCGAGGCAGGCCUUAAACUCAGAACAGUAGGAAAUCUAACCAACUCUGUGCUUGAGUUUGGGAAAGAGGAAGAGGAAGCCUGGGAAGGAGUAUCAGACUAUCCAAAGGAAGCAUCAGAGAAAGGAGAGCAACCAAAGAGAGAUAAGGCAUCUUUCCUGAGAUUUCUUCACUACCUUGACUCAGAAAACUUGACAGCUGAUAAAAAUGUUCAGCCAGGAGCUGAUCCAGAUUAUUACCUUGAAGAGCUUAAAAAAGCAAGGGGCCAAAAUUCUCACAGAAGAUUUCGAUCACAAACUCCAUUUUCCACAAGAACUUCAUACUCUACCAACACUGCUUCUCACUACUCUCAUUUUUUGGAUGAUGAUGAUGAGAUAACUGGUAUAAUACAAGAAUACAUGAAAUAUGGUAAACCAGCUGGGUGGAGUCACAGCAAGGAACACUUAGAACACAGAAUUGUUUCCUCUGAUCACAUGCCAGACAUUGGAAUGGAGGGUCGAGAAACUUUGGAAGACUUCUCCCACUUUUCAUCGCCCGGAUCGCCCAGAACAAAUCGAGGCAAUACCAUUACAUUUUCGCCGUCCAUGCCAAGUAUGGCUUUUGGUUUUGCAACCCACGAAGCUCAAGACUCGAUAUCAAGACCCAAAACAGCUCCCAUCCCACCCACCCUGGAGUCAUCAAGGGCUAACCCCAGGAUUACAAGUGGUAAACCACCCCCUCUCCCGAGAGCACUUGGCUCGACGCCAAACCAUCUUGACGAGAUCAUAAAUGCUGACGUAGGCUUCGGUCGAUUUCAUCGACGAGGUCCCAAUCCUAGAAUGAGACUCAGUCGCAGUCCCUCGCCGUCUUUCCAGUUGGGAUCAUCCAGAGGAACGACGCCAGACUUUGCAACCAAGGUUCAACGCUUAGCCGCGAGUCCUGAUGGAAAGACCGAGGAAUGGAACCGAACAGCAAAUGUGAUCGAGGAAGAAGACGAAGCUCCGUCACAAUUCGAUCAAACAGAAACUGGGAAGCGUUCUCGUCGACCAUCGAGCGCUGCAUCUCCUCGGAGUGGGAGAGAGGAGAAGGUUGGCAUACAAAGGAGGGCUUCUAGUGCUGGAACAACGAACAGAAUAACCCGCUCCAGUCUCCACUCUAGUCGUAGUGCAAGCUAUUCCAGCGUAUCACAUUACAAUAGGGGUCAGUCUGCAAGGUCACGUGACGUGGAACGUGUCGGUAGCUCUCCAGAUUUGGCCGAAACAGACCGAGAUGAGGCGUCACCGACGUGGCCUGGUGUGAGAGAUGAUUUUUUCAUCUUACAAGACGACAUGGCUGAUCAUGUCGACGGACAUCCAACGGGGCGAGUUUCUGGAGAUACCACGCAUUCGGAAAUGUCAUCACAAGCCCGUGACAAACUUGUAAAAAGCCCUUCUCCUCCCCCAAGAAGUCCAUCGGUUACCUCUCGAGUGGCUUCGGCGUCACCACGUUCGCCUUCAGUGCAAUCUCGACACGAAACAAUAGCUAAAUCUCGAGGUUCAUCGGCUAUUUCUUCUUCCACUAGCGAGCAAUGGCAAGAUGCUAUAAAAGCUGUUGCUGAAGAAGAUGAUAGGAAAUCGUCAUCUUCCGUACGCGAGAGACAUAUCAGGAGUCGGCAAAGUGGUCCUGUGGAAGAAGAAGACGCACAAGAUGGAACUGACAUCGACACGAGGACAUCGAGCGCAAAAUCGGUUCAGGAAGGCAUGGAAACGAGAGCGACUCUUGGAAGUGAGGCUGACCUGGCCCAGGUUUCCGAGACUAUCGUUCGAUCACAACCGGUGGUCGAAGGGGUAUAUGAAUAUUUGCUUCCAGAAGAAGAAAUUGCUGACCAGGAAUGGCCUUGUAUCAGUGAGGGAGGAGAAUUUGAUUGGCCUGAUGAAACAAUUGAAAGUGAUGACAAAAAAGGCAUCGCAGAGGAGCUGACUAUUUCUACCCGUGAUGGUCCUCCUGAGAAGGAAUUUCCUUCUGCGCUACCUGUAAACACGAAGGGAAGCUCAGACCCAGGACCCGCUCAACCAGAAACUCUGACGGAAGCGACAGAACUUGAGGAGGAGCAACAAGAAACGCCAACAAUAGAGGUGCACAAAGAUGAGGCUCUGACGUCAGUACCUUCGCCUCUGAAGCCACAUGAAAGUGAGACUACGCCGUCCAGUAUCGAAACUCAGGAACUCAAAGAAACAGAAACUGUUGUGGUUCAGUCCUCUCAACCAGUGGAAAAAUUUAUCGCUGACACAGCGAUACAUGAUGAUAGCAUCGCCGUUGUGCAAGACUCUGCACUUCCUUCGCGCGUUAAAGAAGUGAAAGAUUCCCUACUGAGUGCACCAGAGAAACCAACAUCCACACCAGCGACAGUACCUCGUUCCAGCUCUCCCGCGCCGAUCAAAGCUGAACAAAUACUCCACAAAGAACUUUUACCAGAAGCUAGAUUAGAACUAGUCGGAGAGGUGGACGAUAAUCGACCUCCUUCUCCCUAUAAGGAAACCAUUGACAUCGAGAAAUCGCGGCCAUCGUCCCCAAUAACAGAAGACCAGAGAAGUGUUCCCGUGAGUAUCGGUGAGGCCGUGCGAAAUUACAUCGAGUCUGGGCAAGAGCCUCAAAUUCGUGAUAGGUCUACGCGAAGCCGUCGAGGUUCAGAGACUGGGGCUGAGGAAAAAGACAUUGAAGCGAAAGCUGUGGAGAAGUCAAGCCUCUCGAGUAUGGAAAAAGAAGCGAUGAGUCCAACUAAACCUGAAGCUGUGAAACCUAAAAUAAAUAAGCAAUCUAAACCCAUCUCGUCAAACGUCAUUGAAAAGCCGUUUGGUAAAAACAAGGCUGAGUCGAAACCUGAUCAUUCAGAAUUGAAUUUAUUAAAAAGCGACGACAAGGCAAAAGAGGUGAAAGAACCAACAGACGAAGAAAGAGAAGCCCGCCGUCAGAUAGUCAGCAGUUUGCUUAACAAACAUGAUGCGCCUAGAGAUGGCAAACUGGAGUUGGAGGGUAUUGGGAAAGAGGGAGAAGGAAUCGAUUCCUCUUCAGGAGGACUGGUCACUAGAACAAGUCCACUUGUAGCAGAGAAAAAGAACGAUUUGUCCGAUUUGGCGGCACUGGUUAAUAAAAAUAAGACACCAAGUAAAGUUAAAGAAAGGAAAGCCGAUUCGAAGAAGAAAUCUGGAAAACAUGGGAAAUUUGCCAAGAAAAAAGAUGAAAUUACAGUAGAUCCUGAAAACAUAGAUUUUGAAGCAUUCAACACACCAGAUAUGUUAGAUGGAAUGGACGAUGAACUACGUCAAUUUAUUCAGGAGCAGAGUAAGGCCACGUCAGCUACUGAUAAUCAGCCAAGUAGUAGCGCUUCUGCUGUCAAUUAUACAAAAACGAGGAAGGAGUCUGUGCAGACCUUAGAUAUGCCGCAAGUUGCUCUAGAAGUUCCACUUGACAAGAAAGACGCGCACGCUCCUUCCAAACCUAUAAAAUUGACAAAGAAGGAGCUGGCUAAAAUCAGAGCGGACCAAAGGAAAGAGGAACGGAAAAAGAAGGAUGAAGAGAAGAGAAUGAGGGAGGAAGAAAUGCGUUUAUUAAAAGAGCGUGAAGAGGAGGCAGCCUUAGCCAAAGCAGAGGCAGAAGAGAAGCAGAGAAAUAUCGAAGAAGAAAAGAUGAAAAGAUUGGUAGAGGAGGAAGAGGCGAAACAACAGGAACAAGAGGCGCUGGAGAGGUUAAAAGAGGCAAAGAAAAAGGCUCGUGAAGAACGAGAGCUACGGAGAGCAGCUGAGGCCGAGCGAAGGAGGCUUGAAGUUCAAAAGAAACGAGAAGAGAAGAAGAAACGAGAAGAGGAGCUAAGAGAGCGAGAGAAAGAACUUGAGCAGCAAAAAAUGAAUCGCGAGAAAAGAAUGGCGGAAAUUGAAGAAGCUCGGCGGCGAAAAGAAGAAAUGGAGCGCUUGGAAGAAGAACAGAGACGUGAAGAAGAGAGGCUCCUUGAACUUCAAAGGGAAGAAGAAGAACGAAUGUUGGAGGAGGAGAAAAUACGCGAAGCAGAGGAGGAGUUGCGGAGGCUGCAGGAAGAGCGGGAGUAUCGUGAACAGAUGAGGCGAAUAGCUGAAAUGCAGGAAGCUAAGUUGAGACAGGAAGAAGAGGAAAGGUUGCGCAGGGAAGAAGCAGAACGCCAGCGGGCAGAAGACGAAAAGCGCGGGCGAGAGGAAGCGGAGCAAGAACGACUUCGAGAGGAACAGAGACGCAUCGAGAUGGCUCGUAGAUUGGAAGCUUUAGCGCGUAUGCGAUCUGCUCAGGCGGCCGCCAGAAGGAAAGCGUUGCUGUUGAAGCGAAGAGAAGACAACGUGGAACGAAUGCAGAGCUUGAAACACACACGUUGUGGACAGGGCAUUACCAGAGCCUUUGUUUUCACAUACUAUACACACAUACCAAGAAAGAUUUGGGAGGUACCGAUUGGCUUUACCAAGAAAAAGAAGGGUUUUGGAUCACCCAGAAGAAAGCCUGCGCCGCCUAAACCGCCGUGAUUAUAAUAGGGCAUUGUGGUGGAUGUCACCUUGGGCGUCUAGAGGUGACGAUUAAAAAGAUUGAUCUCUUUCAAUCAGAAAAAGUUUAUUUAGGAUAUUAUGAGUUUAAGAACGUCAGUUACAGGAUUUUAUUUUUACAUCAAGGAAAGUAUUACAACGCACCAAAUUACCCUUCUUGACAGGGUAUGCAUCAGUACUAAGAUUUGCGUGCCGGAUGAUAACGAUCCUCGGCAUCGAGGUUCUUGUAAUAACUGUGUAUGAGAGAUCAGAUAGCUAAUCAAAUCGGUGAAUACUCUUGGAAGAAUGUUGUCAGGUUGAGCAGGAAUGCUGCUAAUUACCUCAUCAUUCCUUUUAGUCAGUUUUGUUAUAAAAUUAUUUAUAAUUGUAUAGGAACGAUUAUUUAAUAGGGAAGAUGCAUACGCAAUGGUAAUACUCAAAACUGAGCGGAGCUGAAGCAGUCGGAAACAAGGGUAAAAACUUUUUUUUGGCUACACGAUUUUGAGCUUUUGUUAAGUUUUCCAUGUGCGAAUUCAAGGAGAAACCGGCUCUCUAGAUGCUAUAAAUUGGCCAGAAUUAUUAACGAUGCCGCUGUUUCGUUGUCUUCACAUCUUGACCAAAGAAAAUCACGAACUGCC